AUGGCUCCCGUGAAAGUGGCACUUGCGGGCGCAACCGGUAACCUUGGAAUUCCUAUCCUCCGUGCCCUUUUGGCAGCCAAAUAUCCCGUGACGGUUCUCACCAGGAAAGGCAGCGACAACGCGUCCAAACUUCCCCAGGACUCCAAUAUCACCGUGGCGGAAGUCGACUACUCGUCUGUCGCCAACCUCACAGAUGUCCUCAAAGGCCACACAGUAGUCAUCUCCACUCUGGCCUCCGAAUCAGUCGGCAACCAAACCCCGCUCGUCGACGCCUCAAUCGCAGCGGGCGUGACACGCUUCAUCCCGUCCGAAUUCGGCAGCAACACACUCAAUCCCAAGUCCGCAGCACUGCCGGUGUUCAAAUACAAAGUCGAAACUCGCGAGUACCUGAAAGCCGCGGCGGCCAAGAACCCAUCUUUUAGCUACACGCUGGUGAUCAACGGAGCGUUCUUCGACUGGGGUCUUGCCAUCGGCUUUAUCGUGAACCCAGCCAAACAUAGCGCCACGAUCUUCAAUGGCGGCGACGUCCCGUUUUCUACUACCACACUCGCUACCAUUGCCCAGGCCGUCGUCGGGGUCAUUGACCACCUGUCCGAAACCGCCAACCGGGCCGUAUACGUCCAGGACGCCCUCGUCACCCAGAACCAACUCAUCAGCUACGUGAAAGAAAAGGACGGCAAAGAAUGGGAACUUAAGCCCAAGGACACUGAGGAGUUGCGACAGGAGUGCUUUGCCGAAUUGGCUAAAGGCCCCGAAGCAAAUAUCGGUAUGGCAAUGGUUGGGUUCAUUGCUUCGGCCAUAUAUGGUGAUGGCUACGAAGGGGACUUCAGCAAGUUUCUUGAUAAUGAGCUCCUGGGCAUUAAGGGCAUGAGUGAAGAUGAGGUUAAGGCUCUUGUGCUGAGUUAUCUGUAG